CGGCAUCUCCCAAUUUCUUCAUCUUUAUAUAAUAUUAUAUAUAAUAUUUAUCUUCUCCAAAUUUCUGGUCGGUAUGAGUUUUAAGCAUAUUUGUGUAGAUUAUUGUUUGUCAACCAUGACCAACUCCCCCAACUCUCUCACUUACUCAAUUCACUACCUCCCAUUUCAACAAUGAACCCUUCCCCUUCUUCUUCCCUCUUCUUAAAUUAGGGGUUUUUUUUUUUUAAAGAUCGGACCAAGAUUGGUAUCAACUGAAAACACGAACACAAUUUUUUUUUCCUUUUUACGAUGGGUAGUGGAGAGAAAAGCUUUAGGAACUUUCAUUUACACCUACCACACCUUCAUCUUCACCAUCAUCAACAUCAGCAAGGGAAGAAGCAAGGGAGUGAUGUGCCGAAAGGGUGUUUAGCCAUCAAGGUCGGGUCCGAAGGAGAGGAGCAACAAAGAUUCGUGGUGCCUGUCAUUUACUUCAAUCAUCCUUUGUUCAUGCAGUUGUUGAAAGAAGCUGAAGAAGAGUACGGGUUCGACCAAAAGGGUACCAUUACGAUCCCUUGUAACGUACAAGAGUUUAGAAAUGUAAGGGGUUUGAUUGAUAGGGAAAAUUCUCUUCACCAAUAUCAUCAUCACCAUCAUUAUGUUUGGUGUUUUAGGGUUUGAUGUAAUAAUUUUAAAAAAAAAUUAAUGGUUUGCAAGUGCUGAACAUGGGUGGCGACCGAAACCAUUAACAUCAAUCAUAGAUAUUGAUUAUCUCUACACUGGUAUUUGUUUAACUAUUAAUAAAUUUCUAUUAUCUUUUCAUCA